UUCGAAUGAAGCAAUCUUUCACAGGGAUCCGAGCGACACCUGAGCCAACCGACGUACACCACCAAACCACCACCUCGAACCAGAUCAGACACGACGCACACAUCACACAUCACCCACACCAGAUACCAGACAUCCGGGCUGAAAGGAACGGAAAAGAAGAAAGUCUACGAGAAACCCUUGCCGCGCACUUGCACCAACGUCCGAACAUAUCUUAUCAUACCAAACUCGACCCUGCAGCCCACCACAAUCAUCCAUCUUUCCCCCCUUCCUCACCGGCUCGUCCUGCAUCCUCUACCAAGGCAGGCACUUGGCACGACUCCCCCCCGGUACAAGGGCACGCACACGCUUCUUCUUCUUCCCCUACCUACCUAAUCCUCCCCGGGCAAGACAAGGCACUCAGUCUGUCCCACCCUCACACUCACAGCCUGGCCCUGGUCUUCUCCCCCUACCUCACCUACCUGCUUGUUUGGCUCAGGUCCCAGACGUCUCCUCCCAAGAGCACCUGCACCCCCCUUCUUCCUUUCCGCACCCCUCCGGCGCAAAUUGGACAGCCAGAGCAAAAGGAGCAAAAGGGCAAGGGGCAACUCGAGAAACAGAGAGGGAAGAAAAAAAAGGCACGACCCCCUCCGGAGUCAUUAGCGAGAUUGGGCCCCUAUCGCUGUGCUUUUCCUCUCUCACACCCCCCAGAUUCAUUCAUUCAUGCUAAGAACGGGCUCCCGGCCACCUUGACGGCAUAG